AGUGGCGGGCGUGCCGCGGGUGUGUAGCGGCGCUGUGACUCUCUUGUCUCUCGCUCUCUGUCUCCCUCUCUCUCUCUGUGUCCCCCGGCUCCUUAGCGGGAGCGCCGGCCAGGGACCCGAGCCGCGCCGUACGCAGCGUCCACCCGCCCGCUCCGCAGGUCCCCGAGCGUCGGGCGGCGAUGGAGCCCGGGCCCGCGGCGCCCUCGUCUGGCGCCCCGCGGCCCGCCCGGGAUGGGGACGCGCCGCUGGCUGCCUCCACCGGGGUGGACCUGCCUGGCACGGCCGUGCCCUCCGGUCGAGAGGAUGCUACUAUGGCUGGGAGGCAGGCCGGCGGCGGAGUGCUCGGAGAGGGAACCCCGGCGGCGGGCGAUGGGCUGGGCAGACCUCUGGGGCCCACCCCCAGCCAGAGCCGCUUCCAGGUGGACCCGGUUUCCGAGAACGCCGGGCGGGCCGCGGCGGCUGCGGCUGCGGCCGCGGCCGGGGCGGCGGGCAAGGAGACCCCCGCGACCGGGAAAGCCGGCGGUGAGAGCGGCGUGGCCAAGGGCAGCGAGGAAGCCAAGGGUCGCUUCCGCGUGAACUUCGUGGACCCGGCUGCCUCCUCGUCGGCGGACGACAGCCUGUCGGAUGCGGCGGGGGUCGGUGGCGACGGGCCCAACGUGAGCUUCCAGAACGGCGGGGACACGGUGCUGAGCGAGGGCAGCAGCCUGCACUCGGGGGGUGGCAGUGGACACCACCAGCAGUACUACUAUGACACCCACACCAACACCUACUACCUGCGCACCUUCGGCCACAACACCAUGGACGCGGUGCCCAGGAUCGACCACUACCGGCACACGGCCGCGCAGCUGGGCGAGAAGCUGCUUCGGCCCAGCCUGGCAGAGCUCCACGAUGAGCUGGAAAAGGAACCUUUUGAGGAUGGCUUUGCGAAUGGAGAAGAAAGUACUCCAACCAGAGAUGCUGUGGUCACAUACACUGCCGAAAGUAAAGGAGUUAUAAAGUUUGGCUGGAUCAAGGGUGUAUUAGUACGCUGCAUGUUAAACAUUUGGGGUGUGAUGCUCUUUAUUAGAUUGUCAUGGAUUGUGGGUCAGGCUGGAAUAGGUCUCUCCGUCGUUGUAAUAGCAAUGGCCACUGUUGUGACAACUAUCACAGGAUUGUCUACUUCAGCAAUAGCUACCAAUGGGUUCGUGAGAGGAGGAGGCGCAUACUAUUUAAUCUCUAGAAGCCUAGGGCCGGAAUUUGGUGGUGCAAUUGGCUUGAUCUUUGCUUUUGCCAAUGCAGUGGCCGUUGCUAUGUAUGUUGUUGGAUUUGCAGAAACUGUGGUGGAGCUGCUUAAGGAACAUUCCAUACUUAUGAUAGAUGAAAUCAAUGAUAUCCGAAUUAUUGGAGCCAUUACAGUCGUGAUUCUCCUGGGCAUCUCAGUGGCUGGAAUGGAGUGGGAAGCAAAGGCUCAGAUUGUGCUUCUGGUGAUCCUUCUUCUGGCCAUCGCUGACUUUGUCAUAGGAACAUUCAUCUCACUGGAGAGCAAGAAGCCCAAGGGUUUCUUUGGCUAUAAAUCUGAAAUAUUUAAUGAGAACUUUGGACCGGAUUUUCGAGAAGAAGAGACUUUCUUUUCUGUAUUUGCCAUAUUUUUUCCUGCUGCAACUGGUAUUCUAGCUGGAGCAAAUAUCUCAGGUGAUCUUGCAGAUCCCCAGUCAGCCAUACCCAAAGGAACACUCUUGGCCAUUUUGAUUACUACAGUGGUUUACAUAGGAAUUGCAGUGUCUGUAGGUUCUUGCGUUGUUCGGGAUGCCACUGGGAAUGUUAAUGACACCAUUACAACAGAGCUGACAAACUGUACUUCUGCAGCCUGCAAAUUAAACUUUGACUUUUCUUACUGUGAGAGCAAUACUUGUGCUUAUGGGCUAAUGAACAACUUCCAGGCUCUAUGUAAGGAUAAUAUCUACCCAGCUUUCCAGAUGUUUGCUAAAGGUUAUGGGAAAAAUAAUGAACCUCUUCGUGGUUACAUCUUAACAUUCCUGAUUGCACUUGGAUUCAUCCUCAUUGCUGAAUUGAACGUUAUUGCUCCAAUUAUCUCUAAUUUCUUCCUUGCAUCAUAUGCCUUAAUCAACUUUUCAGUAUUCCAUGCAUCACUUGCAAAAUCUCCAGGAUGGCGUCCUGCAUUCAAAUACUACAACAUGUGGAUCUCCCUUAUUGGAGCAAUUCUUUGUUGCAUAGUGAUGUUUGUCAUUAACUGGUGGGCUGCACUGCUCACAUAUGUGAUAGUCCUUGGGCUGUACAUUUAUGUUACUUACAAAAAACCAGAUGUGAACUGGGGAUCCUCCACACAAGCGCUGACUUACCUCAGUGCCCUGCAGCAUUCAAUCCGUCUUUCUGGGGUGGAGGACCAUGUGAAAAACUUCAGACCACAGUGCCUUGUAAUGACAGGUUCUCCAAACUCACGGCCUGCUUUACUUCAUCUUGUUCAUGACUUCACGAAAAACGUGGGUUUAAUGAUUUGUGGCCAUGUGCAUAUGGGCCCCAGAAGACAAGCUAUGAAAGAGAUGUCCAUUGAUCAAGCCAAAUAUCAGCGAUGGCUCAUUAAGAACAAAAUGAAGGCUUUCUAUGCUCCGGUCCAUGCAGAUGACUUGCGAGAAGGUGCCCAAUACUUGAUGCAGGCUGCUGGACUUGGUCGUAUGAAGCCAAACACACUUGUCCUGGGAUUUAAGAAAGAUUGGUUACAAGCAGAUAUGAGGGAUGUGGAUAUGUAUAUAAACUUAUUUCAUGAUGCUUUUGACAUACAAUUUGGAGUUGUGGUUAUCCGCCUGAAGGAAGGACUGGAUAUCUCACACCUCCAAGGUCAAGAAGAAUUAUUAUCUUCACAAGAAAAAUCACCUGGUACCAAGGAUGUGGUAGUAAAUGUGGAUUACAGUAAAAAGUCAGAUCAGGAUACUUGCAAAUCAUCUGGCGAAAAACCUACCACACAGAAAGAUGAGGAAGAGGAUGGCAAGACUCCAACUCAGCCACUGUUGAAAAAAGAAUCCAAAGGCCCUAUUGUGCCUCUAAAUGUAGCCGACCAGAAGCUUCUUGAAGCUAGCACACAGUUCCAGAAAAAACAAGGGAAGAAUACUAUAGAUGUCUGGUGGCUUUUUGAUGAUGGAGGUUUGACAUUGUUAAUACCCUAUCUUCUGACUACGAAGAAAAAGUGGAGAGAUUGUAAGAUCCGGGUGUUUAUUGGUGGAAAAAUAAACAGAAUCGACCAUGACCGGAGAGCGAUGGCUACUUUAUUGAGUAAAUUCCGAAUAGACUUCUCUGAUAUCAUGGUCCUUGGAGAUAUCAACACCAAACCAAAAAAAGAAAAUAUUGUUGCUUUUGAUGACAUGAUUGAGCCGUACAGACUUCAUGAAGAUGAUAAAGAACAGGAUAUUGCAGAUAAGAUGAAAGAAGAUGAGCCUUGGCGAAUCACAGAUAAUGAGCUUGAGCUUUAUAAGACUAAGACAUAUCGACAGAUCAGGUUAAAUGAAUUAUUAAAGGAGCAUUCAAGCACAGCUAACAUUAUUGUCAUGAGUCUUCCAGUUGCACGGAAAGGCGCCGUGUCCAGCGCUCUGUACAUGGCUUGGUUAGAAGCUCUCUCGAAGGACCUGCCACCAGUCCUCCUGGUUCGUGGGAAUCAUCAGAGCGUCCUUACCUUCUACUCAUAACUGUUCUGCACCAUGGACUUCCUCUAAGAAUGGCACUUCAGUGCCUAGUCAAAGUGACUGAAUCGUCAGGAACACCACAACAUCACAGUGGCGAAAGGGGACUGCUUCACUACUUCAUUAUUUGAAAGCACAUGGAAAGUUGCCCCAUUGAUAGAUAGAUGGAGACUUCAGUUUUAGUCUACUCCAGAUCUCAAUCUUAAUGACUGCUAAUUCGUUCUUGUUGGACUGAAGUUCAUGAGAGUAAAAUUUUCCUUUGCUACUUGAAAGCAAUAAGAGUGAGUUAUUUUUUGAUUGCCGAAAGGAGUACAAAGCCUUUAGCCUUGAGGUGCCUUCUGAAAUUAACCAAAUUUCAUCCAUAGAUCUAUCGUCUUUUGUAAAUUUCUAGAAUGUUAAACUCUGCCUUCAGAUGUUAUUCUUGUUUUUAAUCUCUGUCAUCCUAAGUGGACACUGCUUUUCUCCUCCCACCGACCAGUUAGUGUUGAGAACUGUGUGUUUUGUAUUACUUUUGUAAAAGUAUCUGUUAGAUACUGAAGAAGAUUAGGAAAAGCUAAUAAAAUAUGUGGGGAAAGUAUCCAAAAAAUGGAGCCCAAGGUUAGGUUCAUAUGAAUAUAUAUAUAUAUA